AACAAAACAAAAAUUAUUUCUGCUAUCCAGAGGGACUUGAGUGAUUUGGACCUGGAGACUCUGGCUCCUUAUAUCCCUAUGGAUGGAGAGGACUUCCAGCUCAAUCCCAUUGUCACAGAGUCCAAGCCCCUGGAGGCAGCUCCAGCAGGAUCCAUGGGGAGCAACACCAGCCUGCCUCAAACUAACCAGACCACCCAACAGAGUUUCAACAAUGUGGCCAGCCUCUUCCAGCCCCUGUCCACCUCCUCCCAAUCCCCAGGCCACUACCAGCGUGCGGCAUCUUCAUCCUGGGCUGGAGGGGAGAAGAGAGUCUCCAGCCAGGGGAAUGCAGAUCCCCAUGGAAGGUCAUACAUGAUGGGGCAUCUGCACAAUCUCCCAUACCAGGCCCCAGCCAGCUCCCCGCUGUCCUCCAUGGGGGGCAGUCAGAAUCUGCAGUGGCCACCAGACCCGCUGUUGACUUACCAACAACAACCACGACCCACCAAAGCCUGUCUGAUGGACACGAUGUUGGAAGAACGGCCAUCCUGCAAGCAGAACAUGCCACAUGGCAUGCAGAAACAGAGGUCCAUCGACAACUUUGUACAAGCUUACAGAGACAUGAGUCCAGCCAGAGUGGCCAUGGCCAACAGUAUGAAGCGCUCCUUCAGCCAGAUGGCUGUGGGUGAGAGCAAGCUGCCAGAGUUCAUAUGGAAGAGGAUAAGGAGUGACAGUUGCAUGGAUCGUUCCCUCUGUGCAG